AUGGGUAAUCAUUCCCUAACCAUGUAUUCCGGGAAUAUCAUUCUUAACCUUGAAACAAACACCCCCAAGGCUUAUGAGUGGAUUAAAGAGUGCGUUGGUACCGCUACUGCCUCAGUUCUUGUGAAUGGUAGUCCUACCGAUGAGUUUCCUCUUGAACGGGGUUUACGUCAGGGUGACCCUUUAUCUCCUUUUUUAUUUUUAUUGGCAGAAGGUUUGAAUGUGUUGAUGCAAGCGUUGGUAGACGCAGGAAUGUUUACGGGGUAUAGUGUGGGGCGCACGGCUCUAGUGGUUGUGUCACAUUUACAAUUUGCUGAUAAUACGAUUCUUAUUGGGAAUAAAAGUUGGGCUAAUGUGCGGGCACUGAGGGCUGGUCUCGUUUUGUUUGAAGCUAUGUCGGAAUUGAAAGUAAACUUCCAUAAGAGUUCUCUGGUAGGGGUUAAUAUUAAUGAUUCGUGGUUUUCAGAAGCGGCUUCUAUGUUGGGUUGCAAAGUAGAUAGGGAAGCUUUGUGGCGAAAGGUGUUGGUGGCUAGGUAUGGUGUGGCGGAUGGAGGUUUGGAGGAUGGAGAUUUGGAGGAUGGGGGUCGGAGUUGUUCUUCGUGGUGGAGGGAGAUAGUGAGGAUUAGGGAUGGGAUAUGUGAGGGUGGAGAGGGCUGGUUUGGGGCGUGUGUUAGGAGGAGGGUGGGUGACGGUGCUAAAAUAGAUUUUUGGCGUGAUCGUUGGUGCGGUGAUGUUCCACUGUGUGACCGUUUUAGUCGCCUAUAUGACUUGGCUGUUAACAAAUCAAUCACAGUUAGGAAUAUGUUCUUGUUGGGCGUGGACGUGGGUGGGGAGGCGUUGCGGUGGCGUCGACGGUUGUGGGCUUGGGAGGAAGAGUUGGUAGAGGAGUGUAGGGUUGUAUUACUAACAGUUUCCUUGAAGAGUGACAAAUAG